AUCAUGAAAACCAACAUAUAAAAUUGUAGAGAAAGAGAUGGGGAAAAGCAAAGUGUUGAUAGUUGGAGGAACUGGUUACUUGGGGAAGAGGCUAGUGAAGGCAAGUUUAGAAGAGGGUCAUGAGACGAAUGUGGUUCAUAGGCCGGAGGCGAAUGUUGAUAUCGAGAGAGUUCAAAUGCUUUUGUCGUUCAAGGAGAAAGGAGCAAUGCUAGUCUCCGCUUCUUUCAAUGACCAUCAAAGCCUUGUUAACGCUGUUAAACUUGUUGAUGUUGUCAUCUGCGCCAUUUCAGGUGUUCAUGUUCGAAGCCACCAUAUUCUUCUUCAACUCAAGCUUGUAGAUGCUAUCAAACAAGCUGGAAAUGUUAAGAGAUUUUUGCCAUCCGAGUUUGGAUUUGAUGUAGCAAGAAUGAAGAAUAUUACAAUGGGUGCAGAAAGAGUAGUGUAUGAUGACAAAAUGGAAGUGAGAAAAGCCAUUGAAGAAGCAAACAUUCCUUUUACAUAUAUUUCAGCUAAUUGUUGUGCUGGUUACUUCCUUGGCGGUUUGGGGCAACCCGGUCGCUAUCUUCCCUCUACUGACUCUGUGCUUUUGUUUGGAGAUGGCAACAAAAAAGCAAUAUAUAUUGAUGAAGAUGACAUAGCAAAGUAUACAAUCAAAACCAUAGAUGAUCCUCGAACUAUGAAUAAGACUGUGUAUCUUAGGCCACCCAAGAAUAUUUUGUCCCAAAGAGAAGUUGUUCAAGUUUGGGAGAACCUCAUUGGCAAAGAGUUGCACAAGUCAUCAAUCUCAAAGCAAGAGUUUCUAGCUAAUUUGAAAGAUCUAGAUUAUGCUUGGCAAGUUGGAAUGGGACAUUACUACAAUGCGUUUUUUGAAGGUUGUCUAACAAAUUUUGAAAUAGGCGAUGAAGGUGUAGAGGCGACUCAACUUUAUCCAGAAAUCAAAUAUGUUUCCGUAGACGACUACAUGAGGCGCUAUCUCUAAUAAAUGACACAUAUAUAGACCUUAAUAUAAUUUUAAGUAUAUAAUAAAGUCUGCUGGGGUUUCUCAUUCUUAAAUUUUUAGAUGUCGGACGUCGCCUUUUCUUUUAGCCAGGCCCGUCAACUCUCCUAGGGAUUAGGUGUGGCUUGGUCAGGGUCUAUGGUUUUACUAGUACGAUUAGUCUUAUAACUGUGAUAUAAUUUUGGGUGUCUUUUGUUUAGGUUAUUGUGAUUAAUGUUCUCUGUGAUAUGGUUUUGUUUUUAUUUUAUUGUUGGUUCCUCUUCUUUGUUCUUUGAUGGCAUGCCAUCAAAUCGUUGUUAGUGUUUAAGAAUAACAAGAUUUUUAUGGUUAAAGAAAUUGUUAGUGGUGUAGUUACGUACAUUAUAUUUUAUAAUAGUUGAGUGUUCAAGCUAAGAAGUUGAAUGAACCUGUUGCAACAGUUUUUACUAUUA